AUGAUUGGCGUAGCAUUGAUUUUGAGCGUCGAUAUUUGGGCUGGGAUUGUGGCCGAGGUGCACUUGGCACCUGUGCUAUUGGCAACUGCACUGGGCCGCAAACUGUGCGCCUUCGAUGAGCUUUCGCAGCUAGAUCCCGAACUUUACAAAAGUCUCGCUUACGUGAAGCAUUAUUCGGAUUCGGAAGAUGUUGCUGAUUUGUCACUGACGUUCUCCGUUGAUGAAGAUGUACUCGGACGUGUGCACACUGUUGAUUUGGUUCCUGGCGGACGUGCGAUACAAGUUACAAAUGAAAAUAAAAUUGCCUACGUUCACAAAAUGGCGCAGUACCGUGUGUUCAAUCAAACAAAGGAACAGUGUCGUGCUUUUGUGGUUGGAUUUCUCUCCGUUCUGAAUGGCAAUUGGAUUUCGUUAUUUGCUCCCCAUGAACUUCAAUAUCUAAUUUCUGGACAGUCUACUGAUAUUGAUUUACAUGAUCUUCGUAAGCACGUGCAAUAUUAUGGGGGCUUUCAUAACAAUCAUCGAGUGAUCAAAUGGCUUUGGCAGAUACUCGAAUGCGAUUUCACAGCUGAGGAGCGCCAUCUCUUUUUGAAAUUUGUGACGAGCUGUUCUUGCGCACCACUUCUUGGUUUUGCUUAUCUUGAGCCUCCUUUUUCGAUCCGAUGCGUCGAAGUGUCCGACGAUCAGGUAAUUUUGUUGUUGCACAGUUUUCGAAUGUGA